AUGACAAUGGCUUCCAAGCUCUCCCCAUUGUGCAACUUUUUUCUCCUAUUAAUGCUCUUCUCUUACUCUCCUUCUCUUGCUAGCUCCUCUACUUCCCCAAGUACCAUUUGCAACUCCACACCCCACCCAUCUUUCUGCAAAUCCAACUUACCACCAAAUGAGUUCAACACCAUUCAAGACUAUGGCUGGUACUUCAUUCACCAGUCCUUAUCAUCAGCAAAAGACUUUCUUUUGCUAAUCAAAUCAUACCCAAUAUCACAUUCCUCGUAUUCUAAACGUACCGUUCAUGCCCUCAAAGAUUGUCAGCUUUUAGCUGACUUGACCGUGGAUUUCUUGUCAAAAACUUUGCGAACUAUUAGCUCUACAAACAGCCUAAAUAGCUUGCAAGCUGAGGAUUUGCAUACACUGCUUAGUGCCACUUUGACAAACCAAGAAACAUGUUCUGAUGGCCUACUAGAGUUAGCAUCAGACUCUAGCGUUAAAAAAGGCAUGUUGGGUCCUCUCUCUAAUGGGACUAAGCUUCAUAGCAUAUCGCUUGCGCUUUUUAAGCAUGGUUGGGUUCCAAAGACAAAGAGAGAGAGUUUUCCAACAGAAAGAAACCAUUUGUUAUUUUCCAAUAUGGAAAAUAUUAUUAAUGGUCUUUUGCCUUUAAGAAUGUCUAUAACUGGAAGAAGGUUGCUUCAAACAACUCUUGGCGAUGUAUUGGUGAGCCAAACGGUACUUGUGAACCCAGAUGGCAGUGGAGACUUCACUACUAUCAAUGAUGCUGUAGCAGCUGCACCAGAAAAUACAGAUAUUAGUGAUGGAUACUUUGUCAUUUACAUUGUACCUGGGGUUUAUUAUGAGUAUGUUUCCAUUGAUAAGAACAAGCAAUAUUUGAUGAUGGUUGGGUACGGUAUCAACCAAACUGUGAUCACAGGCGAUCAUAACCAGAAGGAUGAUUUGAGUACGUUCGAUUCUGCAACAUUUGCUGUUGUUGGGCAAGGAUUUGUUGCUAUGAACAUUACCUUUCGUAACACAGCCGGACCACACAAGGGCCAAGCUGUGGCAGUCCUAAGUGGGGCUGACAUGUCCGCAUUUUAUCAAUGCAGUUUUGAAGGCUAUCAAGACACAUUACAUACCCAUUCUCUUAGGCAAUUUUAUAAAGAAUGUGAUAUUUAUGGUACAAUUGAUUUCAUAUUUGGCAAUGCAGCGGUUGUCUUCCAAGAUUGCAAUAUUUAUCUACGACUUCCAUUACAUGGCCAGUACAAUGUUAUCACUGCGCAAGGCAAAACAGACCCAAAUCAAAAUACUGGGACUUCCAUACAUCUUUGUAGCAUCAGAGCAGCUGAGGAAUUAAAUGGAACAGAAACAUACCUAGGGAGGCCAUGGAAGGAGUAUUCAACAGCUGUUUAUAUACAAUCUUUUAUGGAUAGCCUAAUUAACUUUGAAGGUUGGCACACAUGGAACGACACUGACUUUGCUAUUAAUACAUUAUAUUAUGGGGAAUAUGAUAACAAUGGGCCAGGAUCAGACACUAGUAACCGGGUUACAUGGCCUGGUUACCAUGUCAUGAAUAGAGACGAGGCUAAUGAUUUUAAUGUGUCGCAUUUUAUACAAGGAGAUGAAUGGUUGCCUGCAACAGGAGUGCCCUACACUGGUGGUUUACUAUAAAUUGUACUUUGAGAUCGUUCACCAUGUCUCUUUAAUAUUGUUCUUGGAGCUACUUUUCUAAUGUCAAUUAAUGUAUGGGCACAAUUGUUUAUCAUUUCAAUAAUAUCUAAUCACAGUGAUCUCUUUGCAUCCAA